CAUGUACGCACUGUGGGCGAGCGUUUAUACACAGAAACAGUUGGCGUGCACAUGUGCGUUCUACACAUGGCGAGAUAGCUUAUAACGCAACAUAUGUUCACUAACUUGAAGAACAUGCUGUCAAUUUUACUUAUAAAUGUGACCAAACCCAGUUGAUCAUGAAAGAGAGAAAACUCGACGAUGGCAAGACUUUAAGUUACUUUACUAUUGAGGUCGACGAGUCGUGUAAUGAUAACGAAACCCCUAUAGUCAAAACUCCAGAAAGAAAAACGACAUUACUUCGUGAAAUACACAAACAUCACAACAAUUUUGAAGUUUUAGCGGCCUCUUCGAAUGCAACGCCGAUUCGUAGCCACAACGGGCUGUUCUAUACGUGCUGCUUCUGUGCGGAUAAGUACACAAAUCCAGCGGAUUUGAAAACUCAUACACUGACGAGGCAUGAUUCCAGCGAGGAUAGACGCAAGUUCAUGAGGAAACAACACUCGCCCAACUAUGUACUCAAGCUUGAUAUUACGCAGUUGACAUGUAGAAUGUGUGACAAGAGCAUUGAAACAUUAGAGGAAUUACUAGACCACGUGCAAAAUGAGCACAAAAUGUUUCUCUAUACGGAUAUAAAGAAUAAUAUUUUUCCAUUGAAAUUUGGCGGUGAAAAGCUUCAGUGUGCGAUAUGUCAUCUCGAUUUCCAAAAAUACAAAGUUCUGAUAGAACAUAUGCAUUCGCAUUAUAGAAAUUACGAAUGUGAAGUUUGCGGAUUCGGGUGUAUUAAUCGGAAAACAUUGUUCACCCACAAAGGAUCACAUAAAACAGGCUCCUUCGAGUGUAGCACAUGUAAUAAAAUGUUUGUCACCCAGCAGAAGUUACAACAGCAUUUUUACGCAAUUCACAAACAUAAAAGCUUGGUCGUGAAAUGUCCGAUUUGUGAUGAGAGAUUUAAAAGCAGCGUUAUAAAGGACAGACACAUGGUCGCCGUACAUGAUAUGACGCCUGAAAUCCAUAAGUGUUUAGCCUGCGAAAAAACUUUCACAACCCCUAACGCCUUAAACUCACACACCAGAAGAAUUCAUCUAGUGGACAAGAGAUAUCCAUGCACGGAAUGCGAAAUGACCUUCUUUUCUGGAGUAGAGUUGACAUAUCACAUGGCGAAGCACACGGGCAAGAAGGAGUUUCAAUGUGACAUUUGCUCUAAACGGUUCAGUAGAAAAUGCGGGCUGUUUCUACAUAUGCACAUCCAUACAAACGUCAAACGGUUUACAUGUACGCACUGUGGGCGAGCGUUCGUACACAGGAACAGUUGGCGGGCACAUGUGCGUUCUACACAUGGCGAGGUAGCGUAUAACGCAACAUUUGUAAAAUAAUAAUUUGAAUAAGUUGAUGAACAAGCGGGCAAUUAGUUGAUUCGUUGGUAUAAGCUUACGAUUCUUUUGACUUUUCAUGUUCGAGACAAGUUAGUUAGAUAAAAUAGGGCAAUAGACUUCAAACCGACAAAGAUACUGUAGUGUGUUGAAGUUACAUUUAAUGAUAACUGGUAGUGAUUUUUUAGGGUUCCGUAUCUCAAAAGGAAAAAAGGAACCCUUAUAGGAUCACUUCAUUGUCUGUCUGUCUGUCAGUCUUAGGGUACUUCCUUUUGAUUUAGAAUCAUGAAAGGCAGGUAGACAUGUCUUUAAGCACAAGAAUCCGAUAACCGUGAAUUUGUGGUUACAUCACAAAAAGAAAAACAAGAGUGAAUAGGCAUCUUCUAGGUAAA